CCCCGACAGGUCCCGCUCCGGCCCCCAGCUCGCCCCGCGGCCGCCCGGCCCCGGAUCGCGGCGUCCCCGCUCCGCGCCUCUCCGGCCCCUGGAUUGCUCCGGACCCGCCUGAGGAGCUGUGCCCGCUGGGGGCUCGCCUGACCUUCGCCAUGGCGCCCUGAGCCGCCCCGCUGCUGGGAGCCCCAGAGCCGGCGGGAGACCUGCAGGGACCGGGCGGGACCGGGAACCGGACCGUCCCGAACUCCUCCCCAGGUCCCGUCCCGCCGCCCGGAGUGACCGGACAUUGCCGCGCUGGGAAGGAGCUUUGUGGGGUGGUUUGUGGCCGGCGUGGAGCUUAGAGGUCUGGGCGGUCCGUCCCCGCAGUUUGGGCUGACGGAGCGGGGCUGAGCGCCGGGGAGUUUCAGACCGGACCGGACCGCUGCUGGGGACCGCUCCGAUGGAAAUACACUGUAAGCACGACCCGUUUGCAGCAAUGCAUAGACAUGGAGGAGUGAAUCAGUUAGGGGGUGUUUUUGUGAAUGGUCGUCCACUCCCUGAUGUUGUCCGCCAAAGGAUUGUGGAACUUGCCCACCAAGGUGUCAGGCCGUGUGACAUCUCCAGGCAGCUCCGGGUCAGCCAUGGUUGUGUCAGCAAAAUUCUUGGCAGGUACUAUGAGACUGGGAGCAUUAAGCCUGGAGUGAUUGGAGGAUCCAAACCAAAGGUCGCCACACCCAAAGUCGUUGAAAAAAUUGCAGAGUAUAAACGCCAAAAUCCCACCAUGUUUGCCUGGGAGAUCAGGGAUAGACUUCUAGCCGAGCGAGUGUGUGACAAUGACACCGUACCCAGCGUCAGCUCAAUUAACAGAAUCAUACGGACUAAGGUACAGCAACCACCCAACCAGCAGGUCCCAGCCUCUAGUCACAGCAUAGCCUCCACGGGGUCCGUGACCCAAGUCUCGACAGUGAGCACUGACUCCGCAGGCUCCUCCUACUCCAUUAGUGGAAUUCUGGGAAUUACAUCCCCCAGUGCUGAAAGCAACAAACGCAAACGCGAUGAAGGUAUUCAGGAAUCUCCAGUACCAAAUGGCCAUUCCCUCCCGGGUAGAGAUUUCCUUCGGAAACAGAUGCGAGGAGAUCUUUUCACCCAGCAGCAGUUAGAAGUGUUGGAUCGGGUCUUCGAGAGGCAACAUUAUUCUGACAUCUUCACAACAACUGAACCCAUCAAACCAGAGCAGACGACAGAAUACUCAGCCAUGGCAUCAUUAGCUGGCGGAUUAGACGAUAUGAAGGCCAAUUUAACAAGCCCUACUUCAGCAGACUUAGGAGCCAGUGUUCCAGGACCACAAUCCUACCCUAUCGUGACAGGUCGUGAAUUGGCAAGCACAACCCUCCCAGGAUACCCUCCUCACGUCCCCCCUGCUGGACAGGGCAGCUACUCUGCUCCAACACUGACAGGAAUGGUGCCUGGGAGCGAGUUUUCUGGAAGUCCAUACAGCCACCCACAAUAUUCAACAUACAAUGACUCCUGGAGAUUUCCCAACCCUGGAUUGCUAGGCUCUCCUUAUUAUUACAGUGCUGCAGCCAGAGGAGCGGCACCCCCAGCGGCUGCUGCUGCCUAUGACCGCCACUGACCCAAGGAGUUUGGAACUCCAGCACUUACUAAACAUAUCAUCCAGGCCGACGGCAUCCGAUUCACCUAGAAAUAACCAUGCAAAUCAGACUGCAAGGAAGGAAGAUGAAAGUAUCCAGGGGGAACCCGCUGGCUGAAAUUUUACUCUUUAAACUGGGUGAACUAAUUAUUGUUAUUUUUUAAAUCAAUGAAAUUCUGGUGAUAUUAACUGGGGUCUCGUACAAAACAAAGAAACAGGAGAAACCAGGUCUGCUGCCGUUCCAUCUGAUUUGAAAGGUACAGUAGCUGCAUCCUACCCACAGCCCACUGACCUCGCUGCCUCUGGUUCUCUCCGCUGCGCCUGGGGACUGGAACCAGGUCUGACUCUGAGCAGGCCACCUUGGGAUAUCUCUCUUAAGGUGCAUUGACACAGGCUGUGUGACUCAGCAUGGGCUGUCUGGCUUUUUUUUUCUUUUUUUCUUUUUUUUGGUAAAGAAGGAUUGGUCUGCUCAAUUUACACAGCACCAAUGUAAAUAACUUGCUUCUUUGUGUUAUUUUUGAGAGUGGCUUAGCGUAAACAGCAACAUGGUACAAAUUAUGAACUCAAAACGCAUCUGAAAAAUGUGUUUUGAAACUGGUGCACUGAUUCAAAGAAUUCAGUAAGCUUUAACCAACUUUGAACCAGGUUAACAUUCAUUGUGGCUAUAUUUGGGGCUGACGUUAUUUCUAUAUACAGCGUCAUAUCUGACAGUCGUGUGUGAACGUGCUAUGAGCUGCCAUGGACCACAUGAGCAACUGAAAGACUUGGGCAGUUUGUGACAUUUUACUGCUAAAUAUUAAUUUAUGUUUAUUUGUAAUCAUAACUAGCACUGAAACAAAUUCUCUGCUUUCAAGUUAAACCGCAUCAGAGAAGGAAUGCCUAAUUAAUAACCAACCCGUUAUGUACAUCUAUAUAGAUUACAAUUAUUUCUAUUUUGUAAAGAAAUGAGAACAGUCCCAAGAUGAUGAUUUUUCAAAUUGCUAUCUCAAACAGUAUUACAUUCAGGGCAGCCAUGCACACUGAAACAUACAAACGCUGCUUUACAAAUCAAAUGGAUGGAGGGGGGACACACAUUUGGGGAUACCCAUAUGUUUAAAUGAAGACAUUUCUCAAAGUCAUUCUUUGUACACAGUGGGCUACAGUAAAUCCAUUCCAUUGGAAUCCAUAAAGUUACACUGGGGAUAAAUUUGGCCCAUUAAUUCUGUAUAUUCUCCCUCCCUCUCAAAGAGAUAGCAUCAAUAGAAGCAAGUGACGUUUUGUUCAAUGUUCUCUACUUCCCGGAGCCAAUAAACAGAAGAGGGAGCUUACAAAUGAUUGGUUAAGCUAGUACAGCGAUCGCCACCAAUUCCACAGAACCACAUCAACUACUCAUUUUUCCCUGAGGGAACAGCUCUUUUUAAUCCUAUACGAUCAGCAAACUUCUCAUCUGCACAAAGGGAAAAUUAGAAGUGUUUCCCCUGAAGACAAUGGAAAAGCUCCCGCUGACUUGCAUGGGCUCAGGAUCUGCUCUAUAGCCUUGCACAGUGUUGCCAUAAUUAGUGUGAAAGGGACAAAUUCCACUAUCCUUACACUGGUGAGCACUUACACCUAUAAGUGGACAAUUGAAGUACAAAUAUUAUUUCCAGAGUGAUAAUUUUUUAAUUACAAUUUUAUCUUUGUGCUGCUUAUGCUGAAUGGAUGUCAGAAAAUCAAAUGGUAGCAAUUCAGUGAGAUUUGGGUGCAUGUUCCUUCCAAAACCUUUGUACAAUAUUUAAUAUGUCUUCUGAUCAGACUCGGAACAGAGACUUCUCUAGUUUCCAAGGCAGAUAGUCCCUAAGUGGAGCGGGGUUCCUGCCCAGGAGUUUAGGUUAGUAAACACCCACAUACAGAUAAAAUGUUCAGAGGCUAAUAUGAAGGGGAAAGGAGUCCAGGAGAGCUGGCUGUAUUUUAAUGAAGCCUUAUUGAGGGUGCAGGAACAAACCAUCCCGAUGUGCAGAAAGAAUAGCAAAUAUGGCAGGCGACCAACUUGGCUUAACAGAGAAAUCUUCAGUGAGUUCACAGAAAAGAAGCUUACAAGAAGCGGAAACUUGGACACAUGACUAGGGAGGAAUAUAAAAAUAUUGCUCAAGCAUGCAGGGGUGUAAUCAGGAAGGCCAAAGCACAACUGGAGUUGCACCUAGCAAGGGAUGUGAAGGGUAACAAGAAGGGUUUCUACAGGUAUGUUAGCAACAAGAAGAAGGUCAGGGAAAGUCUAGGACCCUUACUGAUUGGGGGAGGCAACCUAGUGACGGAUGAUGUGGAAAAAGCUGAAGUACUCAAUGCUUUUUUUGCCUCGGUCUUCACAGACAAGGUCAGCUCCCAGACUGCUGCACAGGGCAGCACAGUGAGCAGCUCUCAGUGGUGAAAAAGCAGGUUAAGGACUAUUUAGAAAAGCUGGACAUGCACAAGUCCAUGGGGCCGGAUCUAAUGCAUCCGAGGGUACUGAGGAAGUUGGCUAUGUGAUUGCAGAGCCAUUAGCCAUUCUUUUGGAAAACUCAUGCCGAUCAGGGGAGGUCCCGGACGACUGGAAAAAGGCAAAUAUAGUGCCCAUUUUUUAAAAAGGGAAGAAGGAGAAUCUGGGGAACUACAGACCGGUCAGCUUCACCUCAGUGCCUGGAAAAAUCAUGGCGCAGGUCCUCAAGGAAUCCAUUUUGAAGCACUUAGAGGAGAGGAAGGUGAUCAGGAACAGUUAACUUGGAUUCACCAAGGGCAAGUCAUGCCUAGCCAACCUGAUUGCCUUCUAUGACGAGAUAACUGGCUCUGUGGAUGAGGGGAAAGCGGUGGACGUGUUGUUCUUUGACUUUAGCAAAGCUUUUGACACGGUCUCCCACAGUAUUCUUGCCAGCAAGUUAAAGAAGUAUGGAUUGGAUGAAUGGACUAAAAGGUGGAUAGAAAGCAGGCUAGAUCGUCAGGCUCAGUGGGUAGUGAUUAACAGCUCAAUGUCUAGUUGGCAGCCAGUGUCCAGUGGAGUGCCCCAGGGCUUGGUCCUGGGACCAGUUUUGUUCAACAUCUUCAUUAAUGAUCUGGAGGAUGGUGUGGAUUGCACCCUCAGCAAGUUCGCAGAUGACACUAAACUAGGGGGAGAGGUUGAUAUGCUGGAGGGUAGGGAUAGGAUACAGAGGGCCCUAGACAAAUUGGAGGUUUGGAGGGGCCAAAAGAAAUCUAAUUAGGUUCAAUAAGGACUAGUGCAGAGUCCUGCACUUAGGACGGAAGAAUCCCAUGCACAGCUACAGGCUGGGAACCGACUGACUAAGCAGCAGUUCUGCAGAAAAGGACCUGGGGAUUACAGUGGACAAGAAGCUGGAUAUGAGUCAGCAGUGUGCCCUUGUUGCCAAGAAGGCUAACAGCAUAUUGGGCUGCAUUAGUAGGAGCAUUGCCAGCAGAUCGAGGAAAGUGAUUAUUCCCCUCUAUUUGGCACUGGUGAGGCCACAUCUGAAGUAUUGCGUCCAGUUUUGGGCCCCCCACUACGGAAGGGAUGUGGACAAAUUGGAGAGUCCAGUGGAGGGCAAUGAAAAUGAUUAGGGGGCUGGGGCACAUGACUUAUGAGGAGAGGCUGAGGGAACUGGGCUUAUUUAGUCUUCAGAAGAGAAGAUUGAGGGGGGAUUUGAUAGCAGCCUUCCACUACCUGAACGGGGGUUCCAAAGAGGAUGGAGCUUGCGUGUUCUCAGUGGUGGCAGAUGACAGAACAAGGAGCAAUGGUCUCAAGUUGCAGUGAGGGAGGUCUAGGUUGGAUAUUAGGAAAAACUUUUUCACUAGGAGGGUGGUGAAGCACUGGAAUGGGUUAUCAAGUAAGGUGGUGGAAUCUCCAUCCUUAGAGGUUUUUAAGGCCCGGCUUGGCAAAGCCCUGGCUGGGAUUAUUUAGUUGGGGUUGGUCCUGCUUUGAGCAAGGGGUUGGACUAGAUGACCUUCUGAGGUCUCUUCCUACCCUAAUCUUCUAUGAUUCUAUGAAAGUAGCCAUUAUUUUUCCUCUUUUGACAAUUAAUAGUUGAUAAACAUUAUUCAGUUUAAAAAGCUACGUAACAGUAUGUGCAUCUCUUUUAUUUGAGCAAGCAGUGGUCUCUCCUUUGAGACAUUUUUUCCAAAUUCAUCCUCUGAAUCCUCACUAAAUGUUGGGUUAUCUUUCAGCAGUAGGGCUGUAAAGGGAAUUUUCUCUCUUUUGGAUAAAAGUGACUUAGAAUCUCUUCCAAGUUUCUUUGAUUGGCAUGUGCACCAACCUGCAAGCACUAUGAGCCUUCUGGAACAUUAGGCUCUUUCAAUCCCCUGGCUGAAAAGAAAAUGGUGUAUCUGCAAACAUACAGUUGCAAAGUGUCAUGGGAGUGCAAAGUAUCAUGGGAGUGGUAGCUUCAUAAUUAAGGCUGAGUUGAGUUAUGCAGGUGUAUGUCUAGAGAAAUGUCAUGACCAGAUAGGAGGCUUACAAGUUUUUUUCCUCUCUUUACAGUAACCAGGUUACAUGGGACUGGUUGCUCCUCUUCUAAGUUAAAUAGUGAUCGUGCAGCUGUGUUGGUUCUAGGAAAUUAGAAAGACAAGGAGGUAGUAUCUUUUACUGGACCAACUUCUGCUGGUUAGACAGACAAGCUUUUGAGCCUCCCAGAGCUCUUCUUCAGGUCUGGGAAACUAACUCAGAGUGUCACUGCUAAAUACAAGAUGGAACAGAUUGUCAUAAAUAGAGUGAUGAAGGAAAAGAAAAAUAUGCACCAUGGAUUAAAUUCCUCCCUGUACAGAGCGUCAGCCUGAGGACUACAAGUCCCGUUUGAGCUAUAUUUUGAGGGUGUAAGUGGUGCCUAGACCUCGGGUUGGCUCUCUGCUUUGGGGUGAGUUUCACCCACUGGAUGCAUUACCUGGCAGACGUGUGGUGUAUGUAUUUCAUAGGAGUGAAGUGUCUUGGAACAUUUAGACUAGUGUCGAUUUUGAGAGAAGAGUAGAUAUUAGGCGGCUGGACUCUGGCAUGAACAUGCUCAGUAAGGAAACAUUUUUAGUUAUGCUAAUGACAAAAGAAAGGUAUGCCACGAGCAUGAUUGGUAAAUUUCAUCCUGUGGAUGUGCCUCAGCCUAUACAACACACUGAGAUACACAUGGCUAAACCCUGCUUGCCUUAGUCAGUUAAGUAGUCCAUUUAAAUCCAGUGGGACUAUUUCUCACAUGCAUCAAGUAAGCAUGAUCUAGCCCAUAACCUGUGCACACCCUCCUCAGAGAAAACAAGUUCAUGACCACUAUUGGCUGGUAUUAAGGAAGGGAUUUUCAAAACCUCCUGGAAGAUCUGGACACCCCGUUCCCAUUCAUCUUAAUGGGAAAUCAAAUCCUUUAGGUUUCUUUGAGAAUUUGAACCUGACAGUAGAUGGUUGUCUGGGCAUCAUCAAAGGUACCUCCUGCAAUUCUUUAUCCAUACGCCUACUGUCCACUUUGUUGGUGCCAUGUUCCCACCAUUCAUUUUCUAAGCUUCACUUAGGACUAUGUUGUAUUAUCCCCUGCUUGUAUGAACCACGGCUCGCCACCAUGGGCAGUCGCUCACACUAGACAAAUCACUUGGCUGUCUUUGCAUCACUCAGAAAUGAAUUAACAAACAGUUGAUCCAAGUGUGUGUGAUAGAUGCACAUGCGUAUACCAUGCUGCGUGUGCCACACACACACACACACACCCCUUUCACCCCCAUUAGAACCCAGACUGUCACAAAACAUAUUGUAAUGAGUGUUACCAUCUGACUGGUGCCCUGAUUCCUGGAGUGACUCUGGAAUUCCAGUGGAGAUCUGAGGUGCCUCCUGAACAUACUGAGCAUGGAGUGGAUUAUUAUUAUUAUUAUUUUGCAGUUGGGAACUGAACAAGGCAGCUAGAUGCAUCCCAGAAAUCGCAUCCACGUUACAAAGCAGUUUUUUAAACUACAUGUGGGGAUUGGCAAACUGCUCAGCUGGUAUAAAUCCGCCUAGUUCCACUGACUUUGGUUGAUUCAUCCUAGCUGAGGAUCUGGAAAUGUGUCUGUCUGGAUAUUAGCAUAGCCCCGGUGCCAAUAAUGAAGUGUUGAUAAGAACCCACAUUCCUCUCCCCAUGCAGUUUUUAUAAGGUGUGCAAGGCUUGGCCCACCGAGCGCUUGGGUCAUUCCUGGUUGCUUUCUAAUACGCUUAUGCAACUAAGAAUAGUGAUCUGAGAUCAGCGAGAGGGCUAUCUUGGUACUUGAUCAUGGGGGCGCAGUGUGUAUGUGCAAUGUACUGUACAUCUAUAUGAUAGUGAUGGGUGAAUCUCAAAAGGUUUGGAGGUUUGGCUCUGGUUUGAUAAGCCCUAUGAAGUGUGGAUGCUUAUCUGAAGCUCACCCAAUUCUUUUGAUGUUUCAUCCAUCCUUCCCUCUUUUCCUCCCACCAUCCUCUAACUUGGCUUCCCAUUGCUCCUCCACACUCCCACCCUGGGGUCACCCAGGUAGCUUUUGUCUACAUGGGCUCCCCUCCAAUUAGCAAACCUUUUGGGUCUUGAAAGGUAGAGGAGGAGGGCAGAGUUGUGGAGAAUGAGUGAGCAGUGAUGUCAUUACGAGAGGACAGAGACAAUGCUGUUCCACACCCAAAUCAACAGAGAACAUGAGACAAGACCCAAAUCAACCAGUGUCAAGGAGAUGCUUAGAAAAAUUCUGUAAGAAUAUGACCAUAAAUGGGACAUUAAAAUAGAGAGCUGUCUAGAGGACACUGAAUUUGCUUAGGGUCAGUUUCCAGAGGUUCAGCUCAGUCAGUGUAAUUACAGAUGUGUUAUCAUAAGGCCUCAGUUCCCAUUGAUUGGCAUGCUCAGCAUGUCCCAGGAUCAGGCCCUUAGUCUCCAUUGCAUUGCACCAAAAUCAGCAUGGAAACACAAGCUGCUUCAGCCAGCACCCCCGAUUCCAUGGCAGAGCACACAGGUGAACUGGAGACUGCCUGUGCUGACAGACUCCGCUGAGUUCUUUAGGGCUGAUCCUAGAAAGUCACACAUGAACAGCCCUCUAACACAAUCUUCCACAAAGGUGGAAUUAAAAUCAAAAGCACUGAGUACAUAGCUUUGCUGCUGUAGUUAAUACAACUUGACACAGCAACACCAAAUGAA